UUGACUUGCCACAGGCACACACAUCUGUUGGAUUAUCGGCUACGGAGUCGAAAUCGAAUCGAAAGCGGACCAACCCUCAUUACGCUUCUGGCUCUUGAGCAUGUGAGUCGUCGCGCGCGCGGAUUACGCUCAGGAUCGCAUCGAAUCAGCCACAGCAGCAGCAGGAUAUUGGCAGAUACGCGCCGCCAACAGUGGACAGUCGAUUGGCUGCCAUCAAGGUGACAGGACACACACAGCGCAGUGCUCAGUGCCCAGUGCAGUGAACUCCCAGUGACCCCGUCGAGUGAACCCCAGUGAAUUGAAUAACCAAAUAUGGUCAUGCUGCAAUCGCCGGCGCAAAAGGCCAGCGACAGUGCCGCCGCCCAGCCCACCGCCGUCGGUGGCCUAAUGAGUCCCAACUCUAAUCCCGACUCGCCCAAGUCGAACACCUCGCCGGAAGUGGACACGGCGGCACCGGUUGGCAAUGCUGGUGCCGGUGGUUCCACUCCGCCGGCGGCCAAAAUACCCAAGUUCAUAAUAAGCACAAAUAGCUCAGCAGUAGCUGGAAAACAAGAGCAGGAGCUACGUUUCUCCCUGGAGCGGCUUAAGCAGAUGAGCAGUGAACAGCUCAGCAGGUUGAGUCCGUCGCAGGAAGAUUCCCCCGACAAAGACAAGCCGAAUCUCAAUAACAACAGUAGUUUGACCAACCACAACAACACCAAUCCGCGUCUUUCGCAAUCGCCGCCCACAUCUGCAGGAUCCGCAAGCUUUAGUUCCCCGGCUCAGCAGCGAAAACUUUUGGAAUUGAAUGCCGUGCGGCACUUGGCCCGUCCGGAGCCACUGCAGCAUCCACAUGCGGCACUGCUGCAGCAACAUCCGCACCUGCUGCAGAACCCACAGUUUUUGGCGGCAGCAGCCGCUCAGCAACACUUGCACCACCACCAGCAUCAGCAGCACCAUCAUCCGCACCACCAGCAUCCGCAUCCACAUCAGCAUCCCCAUCCGCAUUCGCAUCCGCUUCCACACCCACAUCCUCAUCAGGGUGUUGGAGUGUUCCAUUUAAGGGCGCCCAGUAGUAGCACCACCAGCACCACCUCGCCACCAUCGCCCGCCACUUCGCCUCUGUCGCCGCCGACAUCCCCGGCUACGCAUUCCGAGCAGCAGCUGAGCUCCCCCGUUGCACCCUCGAAUCCGCCACAUUCUUCGCAGGCAGCCCCGCCGCCGGACAUGGAUCUGGAGCGGAUCAAGCUGGUGGCUGCAGUGGCAGCCCGCACCACACAGGCUCAAGCCCAAGCUCAAACGCAGGCUCCCAGUACUUCCGCCGCAUCAGCCGCCUCAGCGUCCACUUCCACUUCCGCUUCGAACUCCAGUAACUCCAUCUCCAACUCCGGAUCGCCCAGUGGCCGGGAUCUGAGCGACUACGGUUUCCGAAUACAGCUUGGCGGGCUUGCGGCAGCGGCGGCUGCUGCGGCCGCCACUUCGAGGCAGAUUGCGGCUGCUAAUUAUGCGCGGAGCGACACCAGCGAGGAGUUGAAUGUUGAUGGAAAUGAUGAGGACAGCAAUGAUGGGUCCCACAGCACACCGUCGGUCUGCCCAGUUGAUCUGACUCGAUCGGUGAACACGGCUGCCACAACAAAUGGAAAUUCUGCCUCAACAAGUGCUUCCAGCGAUCGAGAGGCGGCCACAAAGCGACUGGCAUUCUCCGUGGAAAACAUCCUGGACCCAAACAAGUUUACGGGAAACAAAUUGCCCUCGUCAGCAGGCCCAGGUCCCUUUGGCCAUCCGAGGCAGUGGAGCUACGAGCGGGAUGAGGAGAUGCACGAGCGUCUGGAUGACGAUCAAAGCGAGGAUAUGUCUGCCCAGGAUCUGAACGACAUGGAUCAGGACGACAUGGACGAUGGCAGUGAUAUCGACGAUCCCAGCAGUGAAACGGAUUCCAAAAAGGGCGGCAGUCGCAAUGGAGAUGGAAAAUCCCAGAGUGGCGGAGGAGGCGGUGGUGGUUCGAAGCCCCGAAGAGCCCGAACCGCUUUCACCUACGAGCAGUUGGUUUCUCUAGAAAACAAGUUCAAGACCACGAGAUAUCUAAGCGUUUGCGAGCGGCUGAAUCUAGCCCUCAGCUUGAGUCUGACGGAAACACAGGUUAAGAUCUGGUUCCAAAACCGACGCACCAAAUGGAAGAAACAAAACCCAGGCAUGGAUGUGAAUAGCCCCACCAUUCCUCCACCUACGGGAGGAUCCUUUGGCCCAGGGGCUUAUGCCAGCAGCCUUUUGUAUCCCCAUGCCGUGCCGUAUCCUCCCUACGGACCCUACUUCCAUCCCCUGGGCGCCCAUCACCUCAGCCAUUCGCACUCAUAAAAUUGCAAGAUGCAACAGCGAUUGUUGCAACUCUUCGAAAAACGAGGGAAGCCGGAAGCAGGAGCCACUGAAGCUGCAUCCGGAAGUGGUUGCCAAUCAAUGGUUGCCAAGGAUAAACUGUAAAUUUGAAACUGCUUUAAGUGUUUAGUAUUCAGAGUUUUGUGUUAUUAACUACGAUUACAUUACUUGCUGUACAUAGUUCUUGUAUAAAAAAUAUCUUAUACGCUAGUGCUUAGAACCUUGAAUGCCAUAUCUAGAAUUUAAUUAUACAACUACUUGUAGCGUUUAAGUGGCAAGCAAAAUCAAAAAGAGCAAACCAAAAAUUGCAUAAAUGUCAAGUGAAAAAUAAACAUU